CUAAUGCUAUAGGUGUUCCUCCUUCUUUUCUCUUGAAUCACAAAAAAAAAGGUUAUACAAUAAAAAUAAAAAUCAAUUUAGGCAACCACAUAAUAAACUAUGAAAACUCUUACCUUAAUCUUCACAUUCUCCAUCAUUGUUGCCUUCUCACAUGCAGCACCAACAUUGGUCACUCUUCCUCAACCUGAUCAAAUGAAUCAAUCUUCUACACUAAUAAGUCAUACCCUUCAACAAACAAUAUGCAUUUUUCAGAUUAAUGAGACUAGACUGAUUAGUAGUAUGUGCAAAUACCUAAUCACCAUAAAGACAAGCUGCAAUUCUCCAGCAUAUACAACAGAUCAAAUCAGUCUUUUAUUUGGAGAUGAUCUUGGCUCUAAGCUUUAUGUUAAAAGAUUGGAUGACCCUGGUGCAUUCAAGAGGUGCACCACAGUUUCAUUUGAUGUAAUGGGAGAAUGUACCAGCCAGAUAUGUGAACUGUACUUAUUUAGGAAAGGAAGAGAUGGUUGGAAACCAGAGACUGUCGUUGUAUAUGACUAUAAUUACCCUCCUGUCAUAUUUAACUACAAUGUUUGCCUUACCAAGGGUCGUGGCAUUGGCUACAACUAUUGUGGUCAAGGUUCAAAUCAGAUUUCCUCCAUACCAAAGAUUAAAGCGUGUUCUUUGAAUUGAGAUCGGAUGAUUCUGAUUUUAAACCUAACUAGUGUUUUGUAUUUUAAAAUCUAAAUCAUUUGAUUUCGAUUAAACAAAUACGAUUGAGAUUGACUUUGGCCAAUCUCGGUCCAUCAAGUUUAAUGUUGUAAUAUAUAUAUAUAUUGUGGUUCUUUUCUUGAAUAAACAAAACAACAAUAGAGACAUUUUAUUUUUCUAUA